GCGGCGGGACGCGCGCGGGGAAGGCGGCCGAGGCAGCCCCGACGUCGCGGGAGCGAGUGCGCGGAGCCAGCAUGGGCAGCGGGCGCGGCGCGGGGGGCCGGCGCGGGGCCGCCGGGGGCGUGCUGCUGGCGCUGGCGGCCGGGCUGCUGGCCGCGGGUUCGGCCAGCGAGUACGACUACGUGAGCUUCCAGUCGGACAUCGGCUCGUACCAGAACGGGCGCUUCUACACCAAGGCGCCGCAGUGCGUGGACAUCCCGGCGGACUUGCGGCUGUGCCACAACGUGGGCUACAAGAAGAUGGUGCUGCCCAACCUGCUGGAGCACGAGACCAUGGCCGAGGUGAAACAGCAGGCCAGCAGCUGGGUGCCCCUGCUCAACAAGAACUGCCACAUCGGCACCCAAGUCUUCCUCUGCUCGCUCUUCGCGCCCGUCUGCCUGGACCGGCCCAUCUUCCCGUGCUGGCUCUGCGAGGCCGUGCGGGACUCCUGCGAGCCGGUCAUGCAGUUCUUCGGCUUCUACUGGCCCGAGAUGCUCAAGUGUGACAAGUUCCCCGAGGGGGACGUCUGCAUCGCCAUGACCCCACCCAAUGCCACCGAAGCCUCCAAACCUCAAGGCACAACUGUGUGUCCUCCAUGUGACAACGAGUUGAAAUCUGAAGCGAUAAUUGAGCAUCUCUGUGCGAGCGAGUUUGGUAAGAAAGCAUCCCUGGCUGCCUUGGGGAGGUUUGGCAUUCCCAGGUUCCUCCUGGCCCAUAUCCCUGCUGAACAGAGCCUGUUGAUGCGUCUUUUUGGGGCGCUAUGUUCUCUACUUCCAGCCUCCCUUGUGGCUACUUUUCUCAGGCAGAUGGAAGACUAGACAGGGUGGGGAUCCGGGCGGUUGUUAUUAAAGUCAAACUUUGCUUUUGUCCUUCUGUGUGGGAGGUCCCUGGACAGGAUUUUGGCGACCUUCUCUAGGAGCGAGGGGUAGACUUGGGGACAGGUGGACAGGAACUAGGGGGAAACACCACUCCUUGGACACUACCAGGAGGCACAGUGGGCAGCUAGGGCUGGUCUUCUCUCCGCACCGGCUCUUUCUCCAUCCACCCCUAGGUGUCAGCACCACUCUACCCAGGAUCUAAAAUGGCUGGAGGCUGGGUGCCUUCCUAGGGAGGUGAGUCUACUGUUAGGGCACUCAGAGAAGGGACCCCUAUCAGGUCCUUCCAGGCAAAGAAAAUUGACACCCCCACAGGAUUGGGAUUUAGCUUCCUUUUCCCCAAAUCACUGUGGGUUAAAGGGGAAUUUCGAAUCAGCACUUAGAGCCCAGGAGAAGGGCUUGAUGUGUCCCGGGGAGCUGAUCUCAGGUGGCCUUUCAGGGACGGUCCCUGGUGGGGAUGUGGUGGAAGACCUGUGCUCCAG